AUGCUGGACGAAACGACGACGGAGACUGGGCUGACGACGGCGCAGGGCGAGGAAUUGCGACGACGGUGGGGGGCGAUGGCGAGCGCGCUCGCGACGACGGGGGAGUCGAACGCGGCGAAGCAGUCGGCGUUAAACGAGACGUCUCGAAGGAAUGCGAUCACGGAAAUCGCGGGACGGGCGAAGAUCGGGGCGAAAGAGUUCGAGAGUUUGAAAUCUGUAGCGCCGGAGCGGAGGAUAGCGGAGGUGUUGCUGACGAUACCGCGAGGCGCGGAGCGCGCGGCGGCGGUGGAGGACGCGUUGACGCCGCCGGCGGACGGAGAGGAUCUGGGGGGGGAUGAAGAAAACGAAGACGUGUUCACGACGGCGCCCAGGUUGUUGAACGUGUUGGAAGGAAUGGCUCGCGAGCGUCGAACGGAUGGUGAAGACGAUUCUGAAUUGUGCGAGCUCAUAGAAAUCGUCGAGCGCAAGUGCGACGUUUAG